GAUGGCACUGCCAUCAUGGCAGCAUUAAUAAAACACAGAAAAAACAAGUUUUUAUAGAUUUAAAUUAAAAUAAAAUAAAAAUUAAAUGAAAGCAACAGUUUUUUCAUUAAUAAUACAAAGUAAAACAGUAAAAUUGGAGAAAAAAAUAAUUUAUUUUUCGUAAAACAACCUAACCUCACUUUCAUUGUUUACAUCAUUCGCAGACCUCUGACAAAAUCUCUUUUGCUACGAUUUAUAGUAAAAUAACAAUGCAAAAGUAUGAGAAACUGGAAAAAAUUGGUGAAGGCACAUACGGGACGGUAUUUAAAGCGAAAAAUAGGGAAUCUUUAGAGAUAGUAGCUUUAAAGAGGGUGAGAUUGGAUGAUGAUGAUGAAGGGGUACCUUCAUCGGCUCUAAGAGAGAUUUGUUUGCUCAAAGAGUUAAAACAUAAGAAUAUUGUGAGGCUGUAUGAUGUGUUGCAUAGCGAUAAAAAGUUAACCUUGGUUUUUGAGCACUGUGAUCAGGAUUUAAAGAAGUAUUUUGAUAGUUUGAAUGGUGAUAUUGAUUUGGAUGUUGUGAAAUCGUUUAUGUUUCAAUUGUUAAGAGGUUUGGCGUUUUGUCAUAGUCACAAUGUUUUGCAUAGAGAUUUAAAGCCUCAAAAUUUGUUGAUUAACAAGAAUGGGGAGUUGAAAUUGGCUGAUUUUGGUUUGGCUAGAGCUUUUGGAAUACCAGUUAAAUGUUACUCAGCUGAGGUGGUUACAUUGUGGUAUAGACCUCCAGAUGUUUUAUUUGGGGCUAAAUUAUACACUACGUCAAUUGAUAUGUGGUCUGCAGGCUGUAUUUUUGCGGAGUUAGCAAAUGCAGGUCGGCCUCUAUUCCCUGGGUCUGAUGUUGAUGAUCAACUGAGAAGAAUAUUUAAGCUACUGGGUACACCUACUGAAGAUACUUGGACAGGAAUGAGUCAGUUACCAGAUUAUAAACCUUUUCCAUUAUAUCAACCCAAUAUGAGUUUAACACAGGUUGUGCCAAAGUUGGGCAACAGAGGACGCGACUUGUUGCAACGUUUACUAGUUUGCAACCCAAUGGGUCGACUUUCAGCCGAUGAUGCCAUGUUGCAUCAAUAUUUCAGCGAUUUAAAUCCAGCAGUGAAAAAUGAUCGAUGCUAGUUUUAAUUUUUUAUUUAAGUGUAUUUUACAUUUUUGUAUGUCUAGUCACUAAAUAUAAGAAUAAUCUUUUUUUUAAUAAACCAAGUUAAAUAUAGAGUUUUAUUAUAUUUAUUUAUUUAUUAAUGGACUUGUAGCUUAUGUACAUAAUGCCCC